AUGGACGUGCUGCACACUUUUCCAUCGGUUCGUCUCGUCGUUUCAAGUGUUUGAGUCCAAAAAAUUAAAACGUUAUUUGGCAGAAGACCGAACCGACGGACCAAUUUUCGGUGGCUCGUACGCGUGCCGCCCGUAAACUCGACAUAACCAUCGUGAUAAUAGUGUCGGACGUGGCGGCCGCCGAAAAAGAGUACAGCACGGCGCUGAACUCGGUGCGGUGCUAUGCGCAAGUGCAAAAAUAUCGGCUCGAGUUGGUCGAGCACUCCGAGUAUCGACACCUUUGUCAACAGGAAAAUGUGAGCAUUCCUUUGUUGUGUUUCAGACGGAUGAACUCAACGAAAGAACACGCAAGAAUUUGUAUCUUUUUUAGAAAAUUUUUUCAUGAAAUGUGAUCAACUAACGAAAUGUUCAGCAAAGUGUGCUCUGCUCAUCGAAAAAUAAUUGUAAAUUUAGCGUUUCAUACAAAAAAGUUAUGCGAGUUGUUCCCGUGAAAAAGGGGGCUAACGGAAGACGGAAGGAAUAACUUUUUUGUAUGAAACGAUAAAUUUACAAUUAUUUUUCUAUAAGCAGAGCACACUUUGCUAUACAUUUCGUCAGUUGAUCACAUUUCAUGAAAAAAUUUUCUAAAAAAGAUAAAAAUUCUUCCAUGUUGAGUUCUUCCGCUCUACUCUGGUUUCAGAGCGUUUUCCGUCGUCACUGCAUAAUCGGUCACUUGCUGCGUGAAAGCGACUGGAUACUCUUGCUCGACGUCGAUUCGGCUGUCGUUAAUCCGAAAAUGUUAGUCGCAUUCCGAAAUUUCCCUGAAAUUGUUCAAUGUUUGCAGUCGUCUCGAAGAGUUCAUCGACAACAACUACGAUUUGACCAUGUACGACAAGUUUAUCAAUUGGGAAAUUGCCACGGGUAAGCAAGCGCUUUUUCUGUUUUUGUUUAGAAUCAAUGAAAGCGUCGCCCCGUCUCCAGGUUCGUAUAUCGUCAAAAACACAUUCUGGGCACGCGAUUUUCUGAUGAAAUUGGCCGAGUUCGAGACGAAAUUGCCCGUUUUCAGCGAUGACAACGUCGCGUUGCAUGUAAGUGCCCCGUGACACUGAUACCCAAAAAUGGAACUAGGACCGGUGCCCUAGUCGGCUCCACAAUCUUUUGAGGGUCUCCCAGGGGGCGCUAAUGCUAAACACAGUGCGCUCGUAAAUUGCGGAGUGUCGUUGUAACUUUUGAAAAUUUGCACGUCUAAAAAUGCAGUUCAACUCGAGUUUACGACCUUUAUUUCUUUCUUUUUGACUUGAAAAACGUCUAGAAAACAAUAUUUUACUGAUUGGAAACCGUUCGUUACAGAAUUUAGAGUUUUUCAUGUUUUUAGCGUCGUUUUCGCAUUUCGUCAAAACUUCAAACCUUUAUAUUUCAGCUCAUUUUGCAUUUCAUGAGCCCAACGAACGAUAAAAAUGUUCGCUGAAUCUUUCUUCACAAAAUUCAGGUUUCGGCGGUUAGUUUUCUUGAGCAGGUUUCGAAAACUAUUCGAAAAACAUCAAAAUCCAGGCCAAAACCUUCAAAUCGAAAUUAGUCGGCUAAUUCUCAACGAUAUGCGAGAUUUCUGUUACCAAAACGUAGCUAGUGCUCUAAUUAUUCGAAUCCAGGUUCCAAGCUUGCAAAAAAUUGGUGUAUUGUACAGAAAACAUGGAAAGAACGCGGCCUCCCGUUGAAAAUUAAUUAAUCGGCCGCCGCGUAAAUCGACACAGCCCGCCUGUUGCAAGUGCGCCCCAUUGAAAUCAUUCGCGCCGUGGGAGACCGGGCCAUCGUCAUAGUACUGACUCUUUUUUUUCAGAUGCUCAUCCAGAAGACGUUCUAUCCGCAGUUUGCCGAAGAGGUUGCGAAUUGUGGAAAGAUUCUGGAAGGGUCUUCCGCGACGCGCGCCGCUUUGUACACUUUCGAGGCGUGCGUUCGUUCGGUCAUCGGAGAGGAUCACGAGUUUGACCGGAUGCGCAUUCUCAAAAAGGUCGGCAAUGAAAAAUGAGAAAAAAAAAGCGUUUCGCAGGUUUUUUGUCGAAAAUCUACGUUUAUUUUCAGGGCACCGCCUGGGUUCGCGACAUCUGGCUGACGGAUUCGACGUGGAGCCAGGAAAGGGAUUUUAUGCUCCGCGGGCUCCGAGAUGCUCAAAAAUCCACUUUUGGCCACGGAAUGCUCUCCAAUAUGUAGGCCAUCCCACGGUCUCCUCAGAGCUUACAAUAGAGCGAUACAUUGGCGCGAAAUUCAAAUUUUAACAGCAAAAUUUGUGUUUUUCGCCAGAUUAGCCACGAAAAAUCGAUAAUUUCUCAUUUGUCUCUCGAUAGACCGAUUGUAUAGGCCAUUACGAAUUUCUUAAGCGCAAGAGCGUUAAAUUUGGUCAAGUCGCAAAUAACAUUUAUCCGUUUGAAGGUUUUUAGCGAAAACUGCGUGAAUUUCAGUUGCUUUUCGGUAAUUUUCGCGGUUCGAGCGCUCAAAAUGCUUGUAUUUACGUGAUUUAUCAUUCUCAAAACCAAUUCUUUCGGAAAACGGUCAAGAAAGCGCAAAAUGAGAAGUGCGGCGAAGGCGAAAAAGCGAAAUCCGCGAAAAAUGCGCCAAAACGUCAUUAAUUCUGUGAGAAUUAGUGUGUUUUCAUGUCGAACAAUCAUUUUUCAUCGCCGUUGACGACAAAAAUCAGAAAAAAGCUUGCUCAAUUCAUAAAAACGCCAUUUGGCCGCCGAGGCCAUGCCCAUAUUGUCAGCUCUGGAGACGUCUUUUCCAGAACUUUGCAACAAAUGCAUUUGCAGACUGCUCGGCAGUUUCACAUGGAGAAACCCGUUUUUAGCGCCUCUGAAACCGGACGAAUGUCAGUUUUCCAAGUGGGAUUUCGACCCGUCGCUCAUCGUUUCGAAACCGGAAAUCGAUCGAUUUUUGACGGAAAAGUACGAGGAGGUCGAGAAAAUGAGGUGGAAGAGUUUGGCCGCAGUGGGCAACUACAUCAAGAAAGAUUGA